AUGUCAGACCUUACAGCUACCGUUUCCGAAACAGAACAUGGAUUCCUCGUCGAAGGCUACGAAAAGAUCUCCUAUGGUUUCACAUUCCUUGAUGGCGUCUUUGAAGUGAAGAACAGCCAACUUGCCAGCAUGUACAAGCCUUGGGGGCGCUGCUUGGCUGUGACAGACAUUAAUGUCUGUGGCAUUUAUGGUACACAGAUGGAAAACUAUUUCAAGGCUCACGAUAUCAACUUGGUUAUCCACAAGACAAAGAUUGGAGAGCAAGCCAAGACCAUGGAUACCCUCCUUUCCAUCUGCGAAGCUAUGAAUGAUUUCGGUAUCAUCCGUAAAGAGCCUGUUCUCGUUGUUGGUGGUGGACUUAUUACCGAUGUUGCUGGGUUCGCAUGUGCAUCCUACCGUAGAACAACAAACUUUAUUCGAAUCCCGACCACAGUAAUUGGCCUUAUCGAUGCCUCAGUAUCCAUUAAAGUCGCCGUAAAUCAUGGCAAACACAAGAACCGGCUCGGUGCUUACCAUGCCCCAAUGCACACUUUCCUCGACUUCACCUUCCUCAGGACUUUACCGGUAGCCCAGGUCCGAAAUGGUUUCGCCGAACUCGUAAAAAUUUCGACCUGUGCAGAUCUAAAAACCUUCGAGCUUCUUGAUAAGUACUGUGAGAAAUUGAUCUCUCACAGAUUCGGCCGUGCAGAUGGAAGUAGCGAAGAGCUGAAGAAAGCUGCCGACACAAUCAAUUACAGAGGGAUUCACGUCAUGCUGAAGCUCGAAACCCCUAACCUCCAUGAGCUUGCGCUCGACCGUGUCAUUGCAUACGGUCAUACCUGGUCGCCAACCCUUGAGCUUGCACCGGAGACUCCCUUGAGGCACGGCCAUGCUAUAUCUGUUGAUAUGGCUUACUCGGCGACACUGGCACGGAUGAUGAACCACCUAUCUGAAGAGCAACACAUGAGAAUUCUCCGCCUUUUCUCGAGGGCUGGAUUGACCAUUGACCACCCUCUCUUCGACGAAGUUCUAUUGGCCAAGGGUACGGAUGCUAUCUUGAAGACACGCGAUAAUAAGCUACGGGCUGCUAUUCCCGCCCCCUUGGGACAGUGUUGUUUUCUCAACGAUGUAACCAUGACCGACAUGAACGAAGCUCUAAGGUUGCAUAAGAUGAUUGUUAAAGAGUUUCCUAGACAGGGGGAAGGCCUUGACGCGUUUGUUGAUGCUUCCGACACUGGGGUGCCUGAUACUAAAGAGCGAGUUGUCCCCCCACCUCCAGCAAGAAUGGGUCGAUUCAAUAUGCUUCCAAAUUAA